AUGGGAUUCCUUGAAUCAAGAUGGUCUCCAGUCAAAGUAGUGUUUGAGAGCCACAAGUCGCCCGGCAAAGGCGGGAAAUUCCUCCUCAGCUACGAUUCAGAAAGACACUGCGAAUCUCAAGUCAGGUUUCUUAAUGGCCAUAAAAGCGUCACAGCGAAGGCAGCGGAGAGGUUGAUGGGAGAUCGGACAGUCUGGCAGAUUACCGUUGACGGCCUCCAAGUACAAGAAAUCCAAUCGCCGACCUCUGUUGACGGCGUAACGGAAUAUCGUCUUACUGUCCCAAAUUCAGAUGCAGCGCGUAGAGCAAAGCAGUGCCUGGGACUUCCAGAUACAAGGGUAGAAUGCAGUGAAGACUCGGUCCGGUGGCUGGUCAUCGUUAAGUCUACCUUUACGGAAGUGGAAUUGGAUAGACUUGCAUUCUCGGAUGUUGAACGGGCCCAAGUUUCGGUAGUCAUGGGGCCGAGAAAACCGAGAUCUGUGCCCAAACCAGACUCUCGUAUCGACGAAGAGAGUAACAGGGCUCUGCCUGAAGCUUCCGUUCCUGGACCAACUGCGUCCGUAGAUGAAUCCGACAAGCCAAAGAAAACAGGAGCGGCUAGAGCUUUCUUGAAACGUUUUGGCUUUUAA